UUAGUGGUGGUAUGCAAUCCAUCCAAAGGGGCUGCAUUCAGUCAGCUCUUGAGCAAAAGUAAACAAGCGCCAAAAAUAAAACCAGUUUGUAUAGUGGCCCACUGUUGGUAAAGAGCGAACUCGUAUUACCGCUCUCUCACUCUCUUAGGUGCCUACGCUGAUCGGGUCUCAGCUGGUUGGUCUGUAGUGUUGUGUUAACUUGGCCAAAAGUUAACUUUUUGCACAUUCGUCCAAUGAGUUGGAUUCGGUUGCUCGACGCCUAAACAACGCGUCACAUUUGCAGAGUCGCCAAAGAAAAGAGGUGGGAAAAAUGAAUUGGAUGUGAAAAUGUUGAACUAUAAUUAAAAUUCGCGACUUUUAACAUUUGAAACAAAAACUCAAGUGGUAAAUCAAAUUCCAUUGAUGGGCUGUUAAAAUUUAAAACGCUCGUUAAGUUUUGUGACCUGGUUUCAGUUGAAUUCAAUAAGAAAUGGAAUUGCCAGUGUUGUUGCUACUUCUAAGCAGCUUUUUGAUUGUGAGCACGGUAAAUGAUGCAACGGCAACAAAUGCAACACAAACGGAGGCCUUUGUCCAUAUCAGUUCCCGCGGCCAAAGAUCUCGCGGUGUUGCACAAUACAAGCUGCCGCUUGAUGCUGCACCGACUGCACUGGACGACAGAGGCAGAGGCAGCGACAUCGACAGCAACAACAACAACACUCGAGUGCAAAGCAAGCGCAGGCGUAAUCAAGUGAUUAUGCGACGCAGACCAGUUAAAAGCAGCACCACAUCAACAACUACAACCACAACAACCAGCACAACAACAACAACGACUACAACAACGCCGCGUCCAAGCUUGGCCAAUGGCUUCAAUUUCUUCAAUCCGAGCUUCUGGAGCUUCGGGCAACAGAGUCUUGUUUCUCUCAGUGCGCCCACAAAGCAACCUCAUCCUCCCAAGAAAUUCAUACACUCAACGGCAAUCAGUUCCAAGGAGGAGAAACUUGGCUAUCACAAGCAACAGAAGACGGCACUUAAGCCUGGAUUCAAAUCUUCCAGCAGAACAACUACAACAACAUCAACGACUCCAGCAACAACAACAACCACUCGAUCCACAGAGGGUCCAUUCCGCAUUGCGUUGCCCACUUUGACGUUUCCCAGCGCCGUGGGCAGCUCCAAUGAUAAGGAGAAGGGUAAACGGGCUGCCGCCGAUCUGCGUCAGCGUUUCAAUUGUCCACAGGAGCACGAGGUGCGAUUCCAGCUGUUCCCAAAGAUCUGCAAGACGGACCUGGACUGUGCUGUGUGGAAACGAGACGAACUCUGCUGCGACAUCUUCGGCUCCAGCAGCUGUGUUUCGGGCAUUGCCAAGCCACUGGAGGAGGCAUCUCAUGCCCCCAUACUCGGUUUGAUUCCACGCAAAUGUCCAACGCGUCCUCUGGCCGAACUCUGGUGGGAUGUGCAGGAAUGUCGCACGGACCUGGACUGCUGGCCACGUGUCUGCUGCCCGGACGGACGUCGACGCUAUUGUCGCACCUCUCAGCCGGAGCUGGAGACGGUCCCAGUGCCCGUAAAGCGUUCCUUUGACUAUCUGACGGAGUACUUGGAGUGCACAGCUCCACCACCGCCUAUUUUUGACCUGCAUCCCAAGGCCUGCACUUCCACGUUGGAUUGCUUUCCGAAUGUUUGCUGUCAGGAGGCGGGUCUACGACAUUGUCGACCGCCCAAAAAAUCUGUUCUCACACUUAUGGCCAAUUUUCUCAACGUCGACUUUGUGAAGCGGCUAACACAAAAUAUUGUUAUCAAAUAGACAAACACAUAAUCCCAUAAAUAUACAUACGUACAUAUUUAUAUACAUUGUAGUCUCGUUUACACGUUCAACUUUAGCGAUUAACCCAUGCUUUUCCAUAUGUAUUUUACACUUUGUAUGUGAUUUAUAACCUCUUUUCACCAAAAAAAUAU